UCCAUCCACAUUUUUCAAUUCUCUUCCAGAAACAAAAAACGCAAUAAUUUUAGCUUCCAGUCGCGGUUGCGGUUGCAGGAUCGUCGUCUUCUCUGUAAAAGUAUCGUUGUUUCUCUCUCUAAGUUGCAGCAGCCAUGGCGAAGAGCAUUUUGGUCACUGGUGGAGCUGGGUACAUCGGCAGCCACACCGUUCUUCAGCUUCUUCUGGGCGGCUAUAACGCCGUCGUCGUCGACAACUUGGACAACUCCUCCGAAAUCGCUAUUCGCAGAGUCAGAGAUCUGGCCGGUGAUUUGGGCAAGAAUCUCACCUUUCACAAGCUUGAUUUACGGGAUAAAUCGGCUCUUGAGAAGGUUUUCGCCUCCACGCAAUUCGAUGCUGUCAUACACUUUGCUGGACUUAAAGCAGUUGGUGAAAGUGUCCAAAAGCCACUGCUAUACUACGAUAACAACUUAAUUGGAACAAUAGUUCUCUUGGAAGUCAUGGCUUCCCAUGGAUGCAAAAAGCUUGUGUUUUCAUCAUCUGCCACUGUCUAUGGGUGGCCAAAGAAAGUCCCUUGCACUGAAGAGUUCCCUUUGUCUGCAACAAACCCAUAUGGACGAACUAAGCUUUUCAUAGAAGAAAUUUGCCGCGAUAUAUACCGAUCAGAUUCGGAAUGGAAAAUCAUAUUGCUUAGAUACUUCAACCCAGUAGGCGCACAUCCUAGUGGAGACAUUGGUGAAGAUCCCCGUGGAAUUCCCAACAAUCUGAUGCCUUUUGUGCAACAAGUUGCUGUUGGGAGGCGCCCAGCCCUUACAGUUUUUGGAACCGACUACUCAACCAAAGAUGGAACAGGGGUUCGUGACUACAUUCAUGUUGUUGAUUUGGCUGAUGGGCAUAUUGCUGCAUUGCGGAAAGUGGAUGAUCCCAAAAUAGGCUGUGAGGUUUACAACUUGGGAACUGGAAAGGGUACUUCAGUUUUGGAGAUGGUUGCAGCUUUUGAAAAUGCAUCUGGAAAGAAAAUUUCUCUUGUAAUGGCGGAUCGACGGCCCGGAGAUGCCGAAAUCGUAUAUGCAGAAACAGAGAAAGCGGAGAAGGAGCUGAAGUGGAAGGCAAAAUAUGGAAUUAAAGAAAUGUGCAGAGAUCAGUGGAACUGGGCCAGCAAAAACCCUUAUGGCUAUGAAGCUUCAGCCCCCAACAAAUGAGAAGACCCCAAACUUGUUAUUCCUUUUCAUAUUUUCCCAUUUCCAUUUUUGCGAUUGCCCUCUCAGAUUGCAUCUCUCUCUUUUGCAUCAAUGGAUAUCAAUAAGCCAAUCUCCAUUGGGGCAGUGUUUUACACUUGUUUUUUUCCCCCUUGGAGUUGGAAUGUAGACUUUAUUUUUAAUCAUAAGUUUUUCUUCCACUA